AUGACACAUUGGGAACCGGCGAAGAUGAAGUCUCAGCUGCGGGUAACCGCACAGCGGCUGGGCCAGAUGCAAGACCGGAUGGACUCCCAAGCCCAAAUCACGCGGAGAGACAUUGUUACCCUUCUUCAGCAAGACAACGUCGCGUUAGCUCGCGCGAAGGCGCAGAAGCUGAUGAAUGAGGAUGCUCUAAUCGACUUGCUGCAGACUCUGGAGAUGCAUGUUGGAAUGAUUGUCGGGCAUCUGGGGGAGUUGGAGCGAAAGGAUACACCUAGUCCUGUAAUGUUGGAAGCUGCUGCGAGCAUCGUUGUUGCUGCUCCACAGAUAGAUUCUAAAGAGCUUCGCUCGGUACGGGACCAUCUCGCUCAACGACUGGGGCCGGAGUUCAUGCGGUCUGUGAACGAUUAUGUGUCAACAAGGGUUCGUAGGGCGCUCUCAACCCAACCAGCAUCAGCUGUCCAGCUGGACCAGUACUUGUACUCCAUUGCCAAGUCGCAAGGUGUUCAUUGGAAUCCGGCUCCCCUACCACAGCAGAUAGUACAUAUCAUCUCGGAAAUGCUCGACCCGUCCAAUAUCCCUGUUGUAGACUUGAUGCGCCUUCGUAUACUCUGCUCUCAAGGUUUACCUGACGAUCCUCCGUGGCUUAGACCUAAGGCUUUUGUUGGGAACACUUCCUCCCGAAAAGCAACUUGGGACGAGGCUAGCCGUAAGAGUCGGGAGAACUACUACGACCUCGUGCGUCGGUUGCUUGAGCCAUUCUCAAGUCUGCCACCUCCCGGCACUCCUCUCACGCCACUUGACGACUCUCUGAUGAACGCGUCAAGGGAAUUCUCCCAAAUACCGCCACAGCUGAUGCUUGCUCUGCAAGAAGCUGCUGAUGAUGUUCCGCUCUGUCCUCUGGAUGAGGCCGCCCCUGACGAUAUCAAGAUCCCUUGCGCGCAGAACCUAGAUGAACGUCUUCGUAUGAUUCGCGAAUUGCAAAACUCUGAGGAGGCCGACGACUCUACGCCCGAGAUUCGACUCGACAGCACACCCGAAAUCCGCUUAGAGGACGCACAAAGCGACUCCUCUGACGACGAGGGCUCGUAUCAGGACGUAGCCUCCGCUCCACCGUCCCCGUCUCCAUCUGCAUCUUCUGUCCACUCCUCUGGUUCAAUGACGUUAUUGCGCUCGCGUACGAUGGGUGCACACCCUAAGCAUGCGUCUGCAUUACUUCGGCUACUCUAUCUCCAUUCCUGUCUUAAUCCAGCCAAUCAGUCGCCCCAUAUCGGCUCCUUAUUGGUUCCCGUGUACUCUGCGCUUGUCGAGGAAAUGGUCCCUGAGGACGCGGCACACGUUGAGGCCGAUGUGUUUUGGCUCUUCGAGGCACUCGUCGGCGAGUUCGCAGACCUAGAUGACGCAGAAGGCGGGAGGAUAUGGACGCAAAAAUUGAGUGAUCGCUUGUACUCGGCGGACCCGGAGCUUGCUGAGGAUCUGCAACUCAAGGGCCUUGAUCCUGCGCUUCCACAUUACUCAUUCCGAUGGCUCAUUCCGGUAUUGACGCACACGUUACCUCUUCGGCCCCUCCUUACUGUCUGGGACGCCAUACUGUCUCGGCCGAUGAGGGAGCGCGAUACCAAUUUGAAAUUGGAGUUCCUUGUUGAUGUAUGCACCGGUAUGCUGCUUCGCACGAAAAACGUUCUACUUCGGUUGGGCAGACCUGAACGUAAAACACUCGGUUUAUGGUCAGAUGAACUUGCUGCCAUUCCAUCAACACCGCUAGCUGCACGGGAAUUAGAGGACGCAUUCGCGGAAGGCAUGACGUUCCUUCAGCGGUACCCUCUGGAGAGUGCGGGUGGAGUCGAAGCCUUGCUACAAUGCGCGUGCGAUCUCGCUCAUCAACGUCAGAUGGCAAGCACAAGUCUCGGGGCUCGUUUACGAGACACUGUUUGGAAAGGGUUUGCUCAGACCGCCUCAAUAGCGGAACCGAGCGAGGAUCAUGACGACAACGAACCUGAGACAAGCACCAAUGGCCAGUCGAACACGUUGACCGCCCGCCUUGCGAGUACUGUUUGGCGAGGUAUCUCCAAUGAAAGCGCGAUGGAGGCGCCGCCUUCACCGACAUCACCAGCUUCUCCUAUGCCACCAUCGCCUGUCCUCCCACCACCACCCUCCGAGACUUCCGAAGCGAGCAAUGCGUCGGCAGGGCCUUCAAAGUUCUGGGGAUAUGCCGAUAGACUUAGGGAAUCGGAUGCAGCAGCCACAUUGGCGAAAGUCAGUACGAACUGGAAGGUCAAGGCCUGGACGUGUGGAGCAAACGUGCGAAUGGCCCUUCCCCCACGUAUCUAUCGCCCCCUGCCACUGCUCCCCUUCCACGAUCGCCCGACAUGGACCCAGGCGUGCCUCUCGAGAUCAGCGAGCGAGAAACGAAGAGGCGGGCCACCGAGGGAUAGUGUCAUGUUCACUGGCCGCUCCCCUCUUUCACCCUCGAAUGACGAUAUAUCACCGGCGUCCGAUGCAGGUUCAAUGAGCAGCGGAGGUGUCCGCGCGUCCCUUGCUUCGUUUGGGUUACAGCAGGACCAGUCAAGGGCUGCGAAAAAGAAAUCAGGACCGCGUCCACUGCUGCUUAAUUCAACCUCAUUGAUGACCAAUCGCUCGCCUGCCACCACGCCGCUAUCUGGUUCGUCUGACAAGUCAAUGGAUAAUGUACGCGGGAUGCGCACCUCGCCCGCGCCGAGGGACUCAACAUCGUCAUACUCAUCGUUCUCCCCGGUUCAUUCUCGGUCGACAACUAUCGACUCGGACACCGGUGGCAGCAGGAUUGUACCCAUUCGCUCGUCGCGUUCGCCGAUGGCUAGAGGCUCUCGAAGGGUCACUCCCACUUCCUCGACUACGUCAAGCCCGCAGAUAGUGCAUCGACGCAUGGACACAGAGACAUCCACUCAGCUAGGGAGUGACGAUGGUCGUAGCAGUAGAGGCUGGCAUCAUGUCGACGUAUCCGACUCGCCUCCAGCGGGUUCCUCUCCGCCGCCUCCGCAAACACCUGCGGAUGCAACGUCCAACCUCAAUCGCGGUGUCCGAGUGAAAGCGCCGACAUCAAGAACGGGCUCUCCGUCAAUUGGUGAUGCGAGUGACAUGAGUUCCGACAUGGAUGCUCAACCCGCGAAGGGGUUGUACUCUCUACCUCGGCUGUCUGUGGGGGACACGUCAGACACGUCCGCCACCCAAGCUCCUUCCCGGAGUCCUCGUUCGAAACAGAAGCGGAUUCCUCCCAAAUUAUCCACGACUCGCUCGCGGGAGAACAUCGUCGCGGAGAAUGGCCCGGCCGCUCAGAACACUUUGACCACUGGAUGGUCCGACGACGACGAUGUGGAUAACGUUACGACUCCACGCGCUAUGUCGUUCCAGGCUGACAAUGUCGUGUCGACUACUGUUACUCCGCGGAACAUCAGGCGUGUACGAAAAACAUCUGGCGAUGGGAACGGUGAGGUGCGCACGCAGAAGAUCUCUUCGGAUGGACGGGAAGUUCGAGUUCGCAAGGUAUCGACUGACGGGCACUCGCCCAGGAGGCGGAAACUGUCAGGGGAGGGGGAGAGGGAGGGCCCGAAGCACAGCCGAGAGAGUUCCGCCGACGAAGGGGAUGACGAAGGUUAUCGAGACCUUUUGAGCGCGUAUGAAAGUGAAGACUAA